CCACUCCCUACCAAUUGCCAUCACUCUUUUGCAAGAUGGCACUAGCAAAGCCGCUUGUUUACACCCUCUCCCUCAACGAUGACGGUUCACCCCGUAUCGAGGGAAGGUUUCUUCGCUUGCCGGCUCCGUAUGAGCCUUAUACCCUGCGAUUUGAGAUUGAGGGUGGGAGCCAGGUUACGAGGGAUGGUGUUUUCAUGUGUUCGUACCCGGAGGAUGAGAAGAAAGGGUUUGUGAGAGGGCAAUUCAGGGAGUUUCCCAUCGCCCCCGACUUCAACCACACCAUCACCAUCGACAUUCCAAUCCGCCUCGCCGGAACCUUCUCCUACAAAAUCGCAUACACCCCUCUCCCCGAAUGGGACCCCAUCUCCUCCUCCAAACAGACCAAUGGCUCCACCCGUACCGAGACGGAAACAUUCUACUUCAUCGUCGACCCUGCCCUCAAGAUGUCCGGCGAGCCUCUUCCCCUUGAAGCAGUUGCGUUGCAAAGUGUGAUUGCGAAAUGGAUGGGCCCGGUCGAUGAGUGGGAUGCGAGGUUGAAGGCGAUGAAGGAGAAGGGGUAUAACAUGAUUCACUUUACGCCGUUGCAGAUGCGAGGAGAGUCGAAUUCUCCAUACUCUAUCUACCAACAACUCGAGUUCGCCGACGAUCUCUUUGGUGGCAAGAAGCUGUCGAAAGAGGAGAAGGAGAAUGAGUUGGGGGAUAUGUUGGCGAAGAUGGAGAGGGAUGGGUUGAUGGGUCUUACUGAUGUCGUGUGGAACCAUACCGCUAAUAACUCGGCUUGGUUGCAGGAGCAUCCUGAGGCUGGAUACAAUCUCGUUACUGCGCCCUGGUUGCGCCCGGCGUAUGAACUCGACACGGCGUUGUUGGAGUUUGGCGCUGGGUUGAAGAAGUAUGGACUCCCGACGAACUUGGAGAACACGGGUGAUUUGUUGAGGGUGAUGGAGGGGGUUAAGACACAUGUGCUUGGGCAGAUCAAGCUGUGGGAGUUUUACGUUGUGGACGUUAAGGCGACUGCUGAGGAGGCUGUCAAGGCUUACACCGCUGGCAAGUUCGCGGAUGAAAAGUUCGAGAUUAACGGGGGCAGCUCGUUGGUGGAGAAGAGAGAGGCCGUGCGCGCAAAGUUGAGCAGAACCGACCAUUUCGGAGAGCGGUUUAGAAAAACGCUCGAUGGAGGCGUUGGUGCUGCGUUCCUCCGUGCCGUUAUUGGUGAAGGUGCCGGUGAGGAUGCCGCGAGGAAGGAGAUCUCGUCCGCAUUGGAUGAGGUUAACCUCAACUUCUACAAGGCCUACGACGCGGAUAAGGAAGUUAUCCUGGACCAGAUCUACAACCGCGUCAAGUAUGUCAGACUCGAUGAGCAUGGACCGAAGUUGGGCGAGAUCAAUGAGGUCAAUCCGUUGAUUGAGUCGUACUUCACCCGACUUCCGAAGAAUAAAGUGACGAGCAAGCACGAUGAGGGAAGUCUGGCGCUUGCCAACAAUGGAUGGAUCUGGGCCGCGAAUGCCUUGGAGGACUUUGCUGGUCCGCAGAGUUCGGCGUAUCUUCGUCGCGAGGUGAUUGUCUGGGGUGACUGUGUAAAGUUGAGGUACGGAAAGGGGAAGGAAGAUAACCCCUGGUUGUGGGACCACAUGGCAGAGUACACUCAGUUGAUGGCUCGUUACUUCCAUGGUUUCCGUAUCGAUAAUUGUCAUUCGACUCCGUUGUGGGUUGGUGCGUAUAUGCUUGAUGCUGCACGCCGCGUAAGGCCUGAUUUGUAUGUUGUUGCGGAGCUGUUUACGGGAAGUGAGGAUAUGGAUGUUGUUUUCGUCCAGAACUUGGGGAUUUCCGGACUCAUUCGUGAGGGGAUGGUUGCCUGGGGUGCCGGCGAACUCAGUCGCCUUGUUCAUCGCCACGGAGGACGCCCGAUUGGGAGUUUGGAUCAGGGGUGUUUGAAGAAGGAGGGAAAGACGAGUGAUGGGAAGGAUGCGGUUGUUAUCCCGUUGCAAAGCUCGGGUGUUGGAGCGUUGUUUAUGGAUUGUACGCAUGACAACGAAACGCCUGCGCAGAAGCGUACGGCGGCUGACACCCUCUCCACUGGCGCGCUCGUUGCGAUGAGUGCGUCGAGUGUUGGGUCUGUCUACGGCUUCGACGAGGUCUUCCCCAAGUUGUUGGACCUGGUUGGUGAGGAGAGGUUGUAUGAGGAGGCUGUCCCCGAGAUUGGGAUUGCGAAGAUCAAAGGCGUGUUGAAUCGCUUGCAUGUGGAGAUGGGCAGGGAGGGAUACGAUGAGACGCAUGUGCAUCAUGAGGGGGAGUAUAUCACCAUUCACCGGUUCCAGCCUGCGACCGGGAAAGGGUAUAUGCUUAUUGCGCAUACCGCGUUCCAGGACCAUCAGGAGCGCGGGGAAUUCAGCACAAUUACUUUGACCGGGACGAAGGUUGAGGGCGUGUUGAGUGCUAAACUCGUCGUGGAGGGAACGGAGGACCAGAGUGAUGACCAAUACUUGAAGGGAUUGAAGGCUCACGUGGAGGAGUUGGAGAUGCCGUAUUUUGAGGAGGUUGAUGGUGCUACGAAGAUCACUGUCCCUGGACACUUCCCGCCUGGGUCGAUUGCGUUGUUGAAGACCCAGAUUCCUGGCAUUCCGGCUGAUCUGGAUGAGUUCUUGCAGGAUGGUAUGAAGGAUGCCGUUAAGGGUCUUGACUUGAUUGACCUGAAUGUUGCGCUUUACCGUGCUGAUGGGGAGGAGAGGGAUUGCAUCAGUGAUGGCACAUACGAUGUUCCUGGACAUGGUCAGCUUGUGUACUGUGGCCUCGAGGGCUGGAUGGCGCCUUUGAAGCAGAUUAUUCGUCAUAAUGAUCUUGCGCAUGCGCUCUGUCAGCACCUUCGUGAGGGACAGUGGCCUCUCGACUACGUUGUUGGUCGAUUGGAGAAGUACCACGAGAUGUUCCCUCGUCUCCAGUCCUUGGCCGACUGGCUCAGGAGCAAGUUUGAUGCGGUGAGGAAGUUGCCGAGUUUCCUGUUGCCGAGAUACUUCGCUAUCGUUAUCCACACGGCGUAUGUCGCGUGCAGGACGAAGGCUAUCUCGUUGUUUGCGCCGUACAUUCAGGAGGGAAGUCACUUUGUGCAGAGUCUUGCGUUGUGUUCUGUUCAGAUGCAGGGUAGGGUCAAGACUACCUCGCUUCAUCCUUCUGAGCCUAUGCCUUCGAUGGCUGCGGGUCUUCCUCACUUCACGAAUGAGUGGGCUAGGUGUUGGGGCCGUGAUGUCUUCAUCUCCAUUCGUGGCCUGUUCACGGCUACGGGACGUUUCGAUGAUGCUAGGGAGCACAUUCUUGCCUUCGCGACCACGUUGAAGCAUGGUAUGAUUCCUAACUUGCUGGACUCCAUUCGCAAGCCAAGGUACAACUCUCGUGAUUCUGUUUGGUUCUUCUUGCAGGCUAUUCAAGAUUACACCAGAAUGGCACCUAACGGGACGGAUAUCCUUAAAGAGAAGGUCAAGCGUAGGUUCCCGCUUGAUGAUACCUGGUGCGAGUGGGAUAGCCCUGACGCGUACUCUUACGAGUCCAGCGUCGAGGAGAUCAUCCAGGAGGUCAUGCAGCGUCACGCUUCUGGCCUUCACUUCCGCGAAGCGAAUGCUGAUACGGGGACCCUGGACUCUCAGAUGAAGCCCGAGGGAUUCAACAUUGAUGUCGAGGUUGACUGGGAGACUGGUCUCAUCUUCGGUGGUAGCCCCUUCAACUGCGGUACUUGGAUGGACAAGAUGGGUGAGUCUACCAAGUCUGGUACUAAGGGAACUCCCGCUACUCCUCGUGAUGGUGCUGCUAUCGAGAUCAGCGGUAUGUUGAAGUCUGCUUUGAGGUGGAUCAACGACUUGAGAAAGAAGGGCCAAUUCAAGUGGGAUGGCGUCGAUGCCAAGAUCGAUGGAAAGGGCGUCAAGGUCUCCUUCGAGGAGUGGGAGGGCAAGGUGCAGAAGUCUUUCGAGCGCUGCUACUACGUUCCUGAGAACCCUGAGGAUGACAAGAACUACGACAUCAACCCCCAGGUUGUCAACCGUCGUGGAAUCUACAAGGACUUGUACCGUUCUAGCAAGGAGUACGAGGAUUACCAACUUCGUCCUAACUUCGCUAUCGCGAUGAACGUUGCCCCUGAGCUCUUCGUCCCUGAGCACGCCGCUCGCUGCUUGUUGUUGGCGGACAAGGUCCUUCGUCCCGAGGGCUCCGUCGGUAUGAGGACGCUUGAUCCUUCCGACUACAACUUCCGUCCUUACUACGACCAGUCUGAGGACUCUGACGACUGGCACACCGCCAAGGGUUUCUCGUACCACCAGGGUCCCGCCUGGGGUUACCCUACCGGAUUCUUCUUGCGCGCUUUGCUCAAGUUCUCCUUGGUCGACGAGAAGGAUACCAUUCAGCACAUCUUCUACCGCUUGCACCCCCACCGCGAGCAGAUCGAGAAGAGUCCGUGGGCAGGUAUCGAGGAGUUGGAGCAGGCUGAUGGGUCUUACUGUGCUUCCAGUUGUCACACCCAGGCUUGGUCUUCGGGUACGCUCUUGGAUUUGUUUGCGGAUGUGAGGGAGUUGGUGGAGGAGUCUUCGAUUGCUGCGAAGUAGAGGAGAGUG